CAAUAGCUCGCAAACCACACAGGAGAGGUAACCCGCACUAGGCAAGCCCGGUGCGACGAGCUCGACCCAGAAGGCAAAUCCCCUACUGUCGUAGGCAGGGGGUUUUGAACUUGAGACCUCCAUUAUGAAAGCCCCAUGCUCAACCAACUGAGCCACCCUUGUGGUGUUUUUCAGUUGGUGGCUAAGAUGUCGGAUUACCCUGUGCUUGGUAAUCUUCCCAUUAAUAAAUGGAAGGUACCAGAAUUAAGGGAAGAGCUUAAGAGGAGGAACUUAAUGACAAAAGGUUUGAAGGAUGAUCUUGUUAGGCGAUUAAAUGACGCUAUUCACAAAGAAAAUGGUCUUGAACCUGCUGAACCUGUUAAAUGGGAACCAGACCCUGGUGUUGUUGAAUUUAUUGAUGAUUGUCUGAGGAUGUCCGAACGUCAAGUUCCUGGGGGUUUUAUACGUGAUACUGAUACUGAUUUUGUCUCUGGUCUUGAAGAUGCCACCAAAGUCUUGGUUGAUGUUGCAACUGGAGGUGCUGAUGAUGCUUCUGGAGGAAGAAAACAUUCAGAGGCUUCUAUUGGUAGCACUAGUGUUAUAAAUGAGAUUGCGUCUGCUGAUCAAUUUGUUGAAGACAAAAUUGAUAAGAAACACGAGGUUAUUGAUUCUUCUCAGAAUAAUGAUGUUGUUGAUGAGGUAUCUGGAGUUAGGGAUGUUGCUAUUCAGGGAAGUAGCACUGGACAGGACGUUGAGGAUAUGAAAAUUUCGUCUUCUGAGGGAGUGCUUGAGGACAACCUUAGGAGACAAGAAAAUGAUGUGGAGGUAACCCCACUACCAUCCAAGGAAGCCUUGGGAAAUAAUAGCAUUAAGUUGGAGAAUGAGGGUCUGAAACUCUCAGGCAUGAAUGCUGAGUCUGAUAUUUCCAAUCCAGACACUCAGGUAUAUGAGGUCAACCCUGAUUUAGGGUCUCAAGUAAAAUCUGACUCAUUUUCUACUGAUACAUUGCCCAUUAAUGAAAAUAAAGAUUUAAAUGAUAAUUUGAAUGCUGAUAGUGUUAAAUUAGUAACUGAAGUUUUUAGGCAAGAGAUGGAGCUGCAGUCAUCCAGCAAAGACCUGUCAGGUGUUGGUAGCGUUCAUCCAUUGGAUGAUCAGAUGCCACAUGAGAUGCUGGGUCUUGUUGGAGAAACUGAUGAUGAGAAAUCUUCUGAGGUGAAAUUUAGCAUGAAAAAUGCCAAUGCAGAUCAGGUUUCUGUUGCUGUUACCAAGCUAGAGCAUGGUGUGGAAAGUAACACUUCAAGUAAUAGUGAGCAACAAGAUGUACAGUUUGAAAAAGCUAGAACUUUAGGUGAUGUUGUAGAGCCUAGUUUGUCACCCAAGAAACUUGAGGCAUCUGCUGAAGAUAAACAUUGUGUUGUUGCUUCCAGGGAUGAUGGAAAAGUUUUGAGCAAGAUAUCUGAUGUAGUGGAUGGUGAGAAUAUGGAAAAGAUAAACUUGGAUCAAUCUUCAGCUGAUGAUUCCAUGGAGGAGGAUGUAGUAGAGACAAAGCAUGUGGAUUUUGAUCAUAUUUCUAAGAAGGAGAAUGAUAAGACUGAAGAGCCUAUUACAGAAAUGACAGAAGAGCCCAAAGUUCUACGAAAUGAUUCUUCUAGUUCAAUGCAGCAAGACAAUCCUUCUGAGAAGGUUGAGUCUCCUCAAGAAACUAAAGAUAGGUUUCCUGAUUUUUUGUCAGAGAAGAGAAAGUUUCAAGAUGAAGUAGGAGGUGGGAGUAAUGAGCCUGCAAAAAGGCAGCGCAGGUGGAAGACUGACAGUUUGAGGACUGCUGAGCCACAAAAUUCAAGUAUUGCAUUAUCAGAGAACUUGGUUCAGACCACCCUUGUCAAGCCUAUCCUUGGCAGGACUGACUCUACAGUUGGUGAGGAUGCACCCAAGGAGCGCCUUGUACCAAAAUCUUCCAAAAUAGCCACUAAUUCUCUCAAAAUUGAGAACUUCUUGCGGCCUUUUACGCUGAAAGCUGUGCAAGAGCUCCUUGCCAGAACUGGUGAAGUCUGCAGUUUCUGGAUGGACCACAUAAAGACCCAUUGUUAUGUCACGUAUUCUUCAGUAGGGGAAGCCAUAGAGACCCGAAAUGCUGUUUACAACCUCCAAUGGCCACCAAAAGGAGGUCGUCCCCUGGUUGCAGAUUUUGUUGAUCCCCAGCAGGUGAAAAUCAAGAUAGAUGGACGGGAGACUGCUUCUCCAGCGACAAAUCCCGGUCCUGCAGUGCCUCCAGCCUCAUCCUCUCUUCAAGCACUACCUCCUUGGCAGCAGGGUCGCAAACAGCAGGUUGAGUUGGAACAUUCACUCACUCGCCAGCCACCACCUGCUCCUCCACUCACAUGCCAGCCACCACCUGUUCCUCCUACUGCGCCACCAAUAAAAGAGAGGCUAGCUCCACCUAUUGCUGAUAAAAAUGAUCCCCCGGUUAUUACUUUGGAUGACCUCUUCAGAAAGACCAAAGCUGCUCCCCGGAUCUAUUAUUUACCGCUGACAGAUGAGGAAGUUGCUAAAAAGCUUGCCAGUAGAGGAGAUGAUAAGCACGAGAGCUUUUAGUGAAUGGAUUAUGGAGUGGUAUUUUGAUGUAAUGCUGAUAACUUCUAGUUUGCCCUCACAGAGAAAUUGCAGUCUUGAGGCUUACUGAGACCUUGCUUUCUUUUCUAUUUUCGUAUUGUUAAUGGUUGCUGCAAGGUUGAAGUCUCUACUGUAUUUUUGCUUUGGGUUGAAGAAACAUCAAAAUGUGCAGAUUAUGCAGAGUCUGUGUGAGAGUCUGACUUUUCUCUUCAUCCAGAUACAUGGAGAUCUAUCGUUGAGUGAUAUCGACGCGGCGAAGCUGUAAAUGCCAUUUACCACCUCUUCGUUUUCUUCUUGACUGUAAAAUUUUAAGAAAAGGAAGAGAACGCAUUGAUCAUGGAAACCAGUUGCUUUUUGGGUUUUCAGGCCUUCUAAAAUUUUUAGCUAAAGAAAACUUUCCCCCCUGUGAAA